AUGUCUGUCAGUUCACAACAAUCAUUUCAACAAGAACUUACCGAUGAUACCCCAACUGAACACAAGAUUGUAGAUCAGCUACAUCAAUCACCGAAAGACACCCAUCGAACAAUUUAUAAUACUCCAACAAAACCCUCAGUCCUAAAAGAGAAUCAAGCUAAAAUUAAUAGCCAAGAUAUUCAAACAAAUGAUGAAAUACCACCAUUAGUCAACUUUUUGAGCUGUUAUGUUAGUCUUACUCGGUAUCAGGAAGAUAAUGACAUCAAUAUUCUUAUUGUAAAUACUCCAGCAGAUCUUGACCUCGAGCUGCAACAGUCACAAAAAGACAACGAGUUACUAUCAUUAUAUGAUGUAGAUUCAUAUCUAGAACAUAAGAAUCAAAUGAAUACUAUGAUUAUUAUUGAUGUACCAUGA